AUGUUGAGACAUUCUCUACAUCCAGAGAGCAACAGCAGGAAGAUCACAGAGCUAAGAGGUCUCACCACUGCCCACAUUAAUCCCUAUUCCUGUACUGACUGUGGGAAGAGAUUCACAACACCAGGAGCUUUGGCAGUUCAUCAGAGAGUGCACACUGGAGGGAAGCCUUAUUCCUGCUCUGACUGUGUAAAAUGCUUCACAACAUCAGCUCAUCUAGAAGUUCAUCAGAGAGUGCACACUGGAGGGAAGCCUUAUUCCUGCUCUGACUGUGGAAAGAGUUUCUCUCUACUGGGCAACUUAAAAACACAUGAACGUAUACAUACAGGAGAGAAGCCUUACUCCUGCUCUGACUGUGGACAGAGUUUCUCUCGACUGGGCCACUUAAAAACACAUGAACGUAGACAUAUUGGUGUGAAGCCUUACUCCUGCUCUGACUGUGUAAAAUGCUUCACAACAUCAGCUGAGCUAAAAGAUCAUCAGAGAACCCACACAGGAGAGAAGCCUUUCUUCUGCUCUGAUUGUGGAACUAGUUUCUCUCAACUUUCCCACUUAAAAACACAUGAACGUAUACAUACAGGAUUGAAGCCGUACUCUUGCUCUGACUGUGGAAAGAGUUUCUCUCAAAUGGGCCACUUAAAAAGACAUGAACGUAGACAUAUUGGAGUAAAGCCUUACUGCUGCUCUGACUGUGUAAAAUGCUUCACAACAUCAGCUGAGCUAAAAGAUCAUCAGAGAACACACACAGGAGAGAAGCCAUACGUCUGCUCUGACUGUGGAAUUAGUUUCUCUCAACUUUCCCACUUAAAAACACAUGAACGUCUACAUACAGGAUUGAAGCCUUACUCCUGCUCUGGCUGUGGAAAGAGAUUCUCUCAACUGGGCAACUUAAAAAGACAUGAACGUAUACAUACAGGAGUGAAGCCUUACUCCUGCUCUGACUGUGGAAAGAGUUUCUCUCAACUGGGCGACUUAAAAACACAUGAACGUGUACACACAGGAGAGAAGCCUUACUCCUGCUUUUACUGUGAAAAAAUCUUCAGAACAUCAACUGAGCAAAACGUUCAUCAGAGAACACACACAGGAGAGAAGCCGUACUCCUGCUCUGACUGUGGAAAGAGUUUCUCUAAACUGGGGGACUUAAAAACACAUGAACGUAUACACACAGGAGAGAAGCCUUACUCUUGCUCUGACUGUGUAAAAUGCUUCACAACAUCAGCUGAGCUAAAAGUUCAUCAGAGAACACACACAGGAGAGAAGCCUUACUCCUGCUCUGACUGUGGAAAGAGUUUCUCUCGACUGAGCCACUUAAAAAGACAUGAACGUAUACAUACAGGAGUGAAGCCUUACUCCUGCUCAGACUAUGGAAAGAGGUUCUCUCUACUGGGCAUCUUAAAAAGACACCAAGGUAAACAAAGGAGAGAAGCCUUGUCACUGAUCUGACUGUAGAGAACACACAAAGAACUGAACCUUACAUUUUCCUUGAGGUUUUUGGGCGAACUA